GCAGCUGUAAAUCAUUUGCACCAGCAUACACCAAAAUCUAUUCGCCUUGAAACCAACGGACCCCUUCGAUCUCUCUCUGGCCACUCCAAGCUUUGGUCGUUCUGUUUUCUGACCUUGAGAAGCGCUGCCCUCUCUACAUUGAGCUAGUGUAAGGGCCAUUGAACGACUGCAUUUUCCUGCAAGCCAUAUACCGCUAGGACGCCCAGUCGCAGCCGCUGGAGCAAUGACGGAGACCGACCACCGCCGAAGCCGUCCGGACUGGUCUCGCGCACAGUCCCUUCGUCUAAUUCAGCUCCACGUCAAGCUGGGUAACAGUUGGACCGAGAUCGCUAAGCAGCUGCCCGGCCGCACUCAGAAUGACUGCAAGAAUUUCUUCUUCGGAGCCCUGCGCGCAAAGCGCGGCUACCGUGACAACCUGGUCUACGCCUACGCGCGCGCGUUGCCGCCCGCCUCCGCCUCUGCUUGCGGGUCGUGGGAGCAGGACAAGCGCGGCCCCGACGCCCUCACCCGUGCCGCCGCCUACAAGGCAGCCAUGCAACAAGUGGCGGCGCAAGAAGUGGCCGAGCAGAUGGAGAAGCAGCAGCGUAGCCAGCAGCAAGAGGGAGAGGACGGCGGCUGCGGCUCGGGUGCCGCUGGUGCUACUGCCGAGGACGGCGGGGAGCCGGGUGCUGUAGCCGCUGCCAGCCGCCGCAGUAGCAGUGUGUCAGUGGGCGCUGACGGCGCGGCGCCCACGGCUCAGGGCGACGGCAUGGACACGCAAGAGGACGCCGCGUCCGCGCCUGCCUGCCCCGCCUCGGCUGCCGCGAGCCCGGUUGGUCCUGGUGACGUCAGCGUCCGCCGGCUCUCAUCCACUGGUGAUACCGUCGUCACUGAUGCCGCCGGCACCAGGACUGUUGUUGCCGCUGGUGUUGUUGCUGGCGGUUGGCGCUCCGUUGCCGCCGCGGCGUCAAUGCCGGCCCACCCUGCCGCCGUGGUGUCGAUGCCGCCGGUGGUGCCCGCCUCUGUUGUGGCGGCGGCCAGCGGCGUGCUUGGCGCCGCCGCGGUGCCCGCUGCUGGUGCCCCUGGUGACCGGCUGUCCCUGCAGUCGCUGCAGCCGCCGCCGCACGGCUUCGCCGCCCUUCCGCAGUCGGCGGCGCCGGCGAUCGGCAGCAGCAGCGCCAGUCCCUUCUGGCAGCACCAGCAGCAGCACCACCUCAUGGGCCCCCGGGUGCAGCUUCUGUCUCACGAGUCGCUGGCCCUCCUGCACCAGCAGCACCAGCAGGCGCAGCAGCACUCGCACGUGGUCCUGCACGUGGCGCCGCCGUUCCUGCAGCAGCACCACCAGAACCCGCACCACCAGCACCUGAUGGUGCAGCUGGAAGGCGCCGGCGCCGGUGCACCUGCCGGCGCCUUCCAGCUGCAACACCACCAGCACCUGCACCCGCACCACGUCCAGGGCUCAGGCCCUGCCGACGGCAGCAGCGGCCCCGUCCUGCUCAUGGGCCCCGCCGGCCCCCACGCCGCGGCGCUGCAGCUGCUGGGCUCCCACCCGCACCACCAGCACCAGCACCACCAGCAGCUCGUGCUCCUGCCCUCGUCUGUCCCCGGUGCACCUCCGCAGCAUGUGCUGCUGCCUAUGGCCGUCCGCCCGCCGCACCUGCUUCAGUACGGCGGUGCACACGGUGCCAGUGCCGCUGCAUCUGCUGCCGCCGCUGCUCCGUCUGCGGGCAUGGGCGCCUUCGUCUUCCACCCUCACCCGCAGCAGCAGCAGCUGCCGCCUGCUGCCGCCGCUGCCUUUGCUGCCGCCUCCGCCGCGCCGUCGCAGCCCGCCGCAGUUGCGGCCGCCGUGCACUCGCUGGCACCCGCCGCCUCCGCAGCCCUGUCCCUCAGCGGCAGCUCGGUCCUGGAGGCGACCACCACCACCACCCGCAUCACAACCACCACUGCCGCGGCUGUUGCGGCCGCUGCUGCUGGCGCCGCAGUGGCUGCUGGGGUCAAGACCGAGCCCGCCUCAGCCGAGGCGGCCACUGGCUGGGCCCAGCAGCAGCAACAGAAGGCGCAUGCUGGCGUUAGCCGCAGCUGCAGUAGCAGCAGCAGCAGCAGCGCCGCCUGCGGCGCCUGCAGCACAUGCACCGCCGGUGUCGGCGCUACUCCUGCCACAGCAACCCAGCUGCCGCAACACCAGCAGGAUCACCAGCUUCUGGGCGACGACUGGUGCGCCGGUGACGAGGAGUGGGCCGAGCUCGGGCGCAUCCUGCUUGGCUGAAGCAGUGCUGAUGAUGGUGGCACCUUGCGAAGGUUGCAUGAACGAAUGACACAAACGCAUACUAGUGUACUGUAGCCUAAAUGGCCGGCCUGAAUUCUUUGAAGACAAUAAGUAAUUUUUGAGCGUGAGCGUUCUAUGGUACCUAGGGCGCCACCAUGCAAACUCCACAUGAGUGAGUGGUAUAUUACAAGGCCUGGUCCGGACACUGUGAAACCGGUUGACCUACCGAACCUAAAUGUGAGUUGCUCAAAUUCGGAGUAGCUUGAGGUAGGCGCAUGAAUGCAUAUGGUUCCUGCAGCUGACUUGCUGCAGCGUGGGAUGGGAUGGCAAACGAGUUGUGUAGCCAGCAGCCCAAGGGUGUCUGGAUGUGUUCAACCUCCUAAUCGCAUGCAUGCGUGUUGGAGUUUGCAAGCAUGCUCGCAUGCCGCACUAGCCGCACACAUACACAAGAAGACUGGAGCAGGCGAGAAUUGCACUGACACAGAGCCAAGCAAGCCCAUAAAAAGUGGUAGCUGUAUAAGAUGAGGUGUACAGUGGAUGGGCAGUGCCCAAAGCAAGCAGGGGCGACAGUGCAAGCCGCGGGCACUGCCGUACAGAGUGCUGUGUACUGCUGAGAUGCUGCAAACGGCAGAAGUAGAGCAGCCGGGAAGGCUGUGGGCGGGGAAGAGCGAACGUCGGCAUGUGUGAGCGUCGGUGUUUACCUAGUGCGGAUGUGAUGACGAGCGAGAGAGUUGACCACAGCGGACAUGCACGGCCUUCGGCCCCACCCCAUUUUUAGGGCUGGAGUUUUCCCACCAUCUCUGGAGUUGACUCGCGAAUGUGUCAACCACCCGAAAGAAUGGUCGCAUGCUUGUGAGAGUUGCUGGAAGACUGCUGAGAGCGAGACCGGAUCCCGCGUCAGGGGUGAAGGUGCAAACGGCACGAAUGAACGCACUUCAUCCAAGGCUCGGAACAGCACGCACGCAUGUGCAGUUGUAAGGCGCUGCAGCGAUACGAUGUAACUUCCUUCUCAUGCAGUCGUGUCACAUUGGGCUCAGAGCAGCCUUGAAAGACGCAGUGGUGCGGGCAGCAGGUGCGCCUGGGGCCUCUCUGGCUGCCCACGGACUGUAAAUGUACGGCGCC